AUGUGUCAAUGGACAGGAUCAUCGACCAAGCUCAUCAUCGCCAUCGAUGUGGCCAAGGGCAUGGAGUACCUGCACAACCUCACCCAGCCCAUCAUCCACAGGGACCACAACAGGUCAAUGUGGAGGGUGGGGAUCACUGUGUAUGGGGUGGGGUGGGGGGACGGGCGGGGGGGUCACAUUUAGUAGCUUUGGUAGUGAGCUUCUGUUGUGACUAUAUGAAAUGAACUGUUAUGAGUUAUUCAGCUUAUGAUGAUAUUUGCCAUUUCUAGUCACAACAUUCUACUCAAUGAGGAUGGACAUGACGGGGUGGCUAACUUUGGAGGUAAGCAGUUACAUUACAUUUUUAUAGUAUAAUGAAGACAGAGUACAGUAAAAUAGCUAUUUCCUAUAGUUAAUUAGUCAUUGAUAUUAUCAAGAUCAUGAACCCUUUUUUUCUCUCUUCAGAAUCCAUGUUCCUGUUAUCUGAGGUUGUGGACAAUAUGACCAAGCAGCCUGGGGCUAGUCCAACUUCCUUAUUCACCAUACUAUAAAUUACUACGUAAUGUGUAUUAGGACCUGGAGAAAACUGCACUCAGGCAGAAUGGGUCUAGAUUUGCUGUGUCAUCAUUGGGGAUAAUGCUAGGUCUGCGGUUUUCAGCUCAGAUGCUAUGUGUGUUGUGUGUGUGUGUUAUGCUCCCUGGGGUGAAGCCUUUGCUGAAGAACCUUGGUAGCCAGAGUGUUUUGCAUUGGUAAUUGAACCUGCGCUGGAUGGCCCCAGAGAUAUUCACUCAGUGUACCUGCUACACUGUCAAGGCAGACAUGUUCAGCUAUGCCCUGUGUCUGUGGGAGCUGCUCACCGGAGAGAUUCCCUUUGCCCACCUGAAACCUGGUAAUCCCUGCAUGAAUACAAACACACUAAUCUGAUACUGUAUUGGGAGAAUAUGAAUCAAUGAGUAAGUAUUUAAUUGUUCCAACCAUGUUCCAUAUGUUGGAAUUAAGUUAGAAUGUGAUUUUUCCUCUCCUCAUCACAGCUGCAGCACCACAUCCGGCCUCCUAUUGGCUACUCUAUCCCCAAACCCAUCUCUGCCAUGCUAAUGAGGGCCUGAAACGUCUGUCCAGAGAUUAUUGUCCUCUUACAAUAGAUAGCCCCUUGAUUUCAGAGUGUGAAAUGACCUAAACUUAAGUGAGCUUAGUUCAUGUGCUAAGUAUGAUAUGUUCAUAUGAGCUAAACAAAUAUAUAUUGUCACAUACACCAGAUAGGUGCAGUGAAAUGUGUUGUUUUACAGGGUUAGCCAUAGUAGUACGGCACACCUGGAACAAAUUAGGGUUAAGAGCUUCUUUUUUGGGGGGUGGGGGGGGGGGGGGGGUAGAUCAGCUUUAAUAUUGCUGAUAGAUUGUUACUUCCAUCAAUGUAAUUGUCUGCAUCACUUCCAAUCCCCCAUUUGUUUUUUUUUUCGCGCAAAUAUAUAUAUACACAUACAUAUCCUUUUAAAAAUAUAUUUCCCUUUAUUACUUUCCAACCCCACCAGGGUUAAGCACUUUUCUCAAGGGCUUGCUCACCUUGUCAGCUCAGGUGUUUGAACCAGGAACCUUUUGGUUACUGUCCCAAUGCUCUAACCUAUAGGCUACCUGUAACUAUACUAAGUUCAUGUGUGAACUAAUUUAAUGUGCUAAGUAUGCUAAAUUCAUGCGCUAAAGUAUGCUAAAUUCAUGUGGGCUAAGUUUACUGUACUUGUAUAGACCUGUAGAGGUGUUUCAACCAGAGUCAAUGCUGAGGUCAGAUGCUAGCAGAGGGGCUUAGAAUGUAUCAUGAAACCUAUAAUUAAUGGAACCGUAUUCCCCAGGUGCUGUUGUUGCAUGACUCCACACAGCCACACAAUCUACAGGUACUCAUGAACCGCAUGGCCAUCCCAUAGAGCCAGGCUGUGACAAAGCCGCAAGACGUGGCAUAGCUUAUUACCCCCUCAUUACCUGUUGUGGGCAGGUUGUGGCAUUCAUCUCUUAUCUCCAGGGUCCAGGGUCCUGGUUCUUCUGUUUGCAGGACUGGGUUGCCAGACAACCGUCUCUCUGGACUGAAAUGUUGUGCUGUGGUGCUGUUAUCAGCAGCUCUGCUCUCAUGAUCUCAACCGUAGUUACCAUCUCUUGUUAGGGCCUGAGUGUCCCAGUUUACCCAAUCUGAAACUGUGCCAAAGACCGUGUGCUUACAUUUAAGGUCCAGUUGGGGGCAGAAUCAACAUGCACCAAUUUUUCUAGGUCGCCAUGUACAAAUGGUCCCAGCAGUUAUAUGUUUCCACAGUUGUCUAUUUUUGACUUUCAUGUUUAAAAUGUUGAUAAGGUUGAUGAAUAUUGUGCAUUUUAAUAAUAGCCACUCCCAAGAAGCACAAUUUGGAUACUUUUUUAAUGUAAUGGGUUUGUUCAAUGAAAACAGCACACAGAUCAUGGCCACUGUGAAUGUAAUGUAUUAUUGAGUACCUCUACUCUGGUCUGUGUUAGUUCUCUUACAGUGAAGUAGGAGAUCUAAAGCCUGCUUUUGAAGCAGAGUUCACCUUUGAUUCAUGCGUGGGUAGAUCCAAAUGACCACAUAGACCGACUGAGAGCACAGGUGUGUGUGUGUGUGUCUUUGUUCUGUUGAGAGUUGUUUAAUGUUAUGAGGUGAUUUAAUGUUGCUUCAUCUCCUCUGAAUCAGGAUAGACCUGAGUUCUCUGAGGUGCUGGCCACACUAGAAGAAUACCAAUGCAAUGUUGAAGUAUGGAGUUACUGCUUGGCUAUCCACAAACAUACAAAAAGCUUUCUACAGUCAAAUCUAAAUCAGUGGGGAAUAAACAUAGAUGCAUGCUGUUUACAUUUUCAGAAGUUCACUGAUUCCUUUCUGUCUGUCCAUAUGAUAUGAUACUUGUUGGUGAUAAUGUCAUAUUUGUGUGUGCUUUUUUGUGUGUGUGAUCCACAGUUGAACAGCAGCGGGUUGAACAGCAGCGGGUCCCUGUCCCCCUCGGGCUCCUCUGACUGCCUGGCGAGGGGCAGUUCUGGUCAGAGUCACGUGGCUGCCCUCCGCUCCCGCUUUAAGCUGGAGUACGCACUCAACGCCCACGCCUACGCUGUCUGGACUCAGAGGUAGGGCAUUAAUAUUUUGAUCCUAGAUCUGUCGUCGCCUGGCAUUGAUAAUGACCAUAGGUGUUGACUGCACAGCACAAACUUAUCUGGGACCAGGCUAGGAUAUCAUAGUCUCCUAAACAUGCAGUGCAAAAUAAACUUGAUUGCUAGGCCUAACCAAGUUGAGUGUAAAGUUCAGUCCCAGUAGGAAUUCCAUGGACGUCAUGUCUGGGCCUGUAAUGAUCAAAUUGGGCUUUGUUGUAGCUAUAGCACUCGCCUUGACCCCUUGUUUGAGCAGUAACGUGUACAACACUAGAGACAAUUUACUGCAACAGUUAGAGGUGGAGUUGCCCAGUUACGGGUCAGGGAAAACAAAGGCAAGCAAAUGCAAUAAAACAUGCAUGGAAUUCUGUCUAAGGACUAAAGACUCCACUGGUGGCCAGCCCCGUAAGCCUGUGUGUGUGUGUGUGUGUGUGUGUGUGUGUGUGUGUGUGUGUGUGUGUGUGUGUGUGUGUGUGUGUGUGUGUUUGUGUGUGGAGAGAGAAGGGAAUAGAGAGGAGUGAGCCUGGCAACGGUCUCCAGGGACACUGUAACUGGAGUUGGAUUUGUGUAUGUAUGCUCUACUGCUGAAGUGUCUGUGGGUUAGAAAUGUCCUGGCAGUAGAUCAAAACUUUCAUACAUUUUGUAUAUACUCAAUGUGGAAGUGAGAAAGUGUGGUUACUAGGUCCUGGGCUGUCAUGUUACCGUCACACAGGGGGUCAUGCUAGAUUCAUCAGAGGACAUCAGAGAUGUUUUUAUACCUGCCUCAUCUAACUCAACCUAAUUGAUCUUUCAUUGGGGAGCAUAUACGAAAUAUGCCCCAACCCUAUGAUGCAGAUUGUCGUUUUAAGUUCCUUAAAGUUGGAAACCGCCAUGUCCGUUUGCGAUAUUACAACAACAAAGACUUCAAACAACGAACACUGUUUUAUUUUCCUCGGACAUCAUUGCACAUCAUUGCACGUACGAUAGAACAGCAGAGUAUGUACUAAGAUUUUUUUUUUUACCACGCCACUGGAUGCACAUCUCCUCCAUUUGAUAAACGAAACAAAAACAAUAACAAAUGCACCUGGGGCAACCAGUGGCACUGUUUCACCUUUAGCGCAACUCAGCAUUAAAGUAAGUGGUGUAGUAGGGGUUAUUUAUUAUUUUUACCACGGCAUUGUUGAAUACUUGUUUCUGAUUGGCUAGAAGGGCAUUCUAGAGUGGGCAUUACAUUACAACCUUAUAACAAUUCAUAUAUUUUUUAUUUUUUAGCGAGGAUGCCAUGAUUCCCAAGGUCCAUCUCUGGAUGAACUCAGGAGGAAUAUGCCGUUUCCACCUAUUGACCGAAAUGGUAAGAAGCAUAGUAAUGAAUAUACUUAUCUAGCCUUUACUUUAUUAUAGAACUUUGUUGUUUGAAAUGGAGUACAGCCAGUUGGGUAGAAUGUACAGCUGGUGUUUGUGUGUGUUGGGAAGGGAACUGGCUUUCGAUUUUGGUGGUCACCCGUGACCCCUAAUCCCUGACGUCUGUGUCCUCUCUCCCUCUGGGUACAUGUCAGAACCUAUGAGCACCAUGCGCAUCCACUCCAACUGCAGCAUCAACGGCAGCUUCGAAGACAGCACUAACUAA